UUUUUGCUAAUUAAGUAAGAUGGAAAAAGAACGUGACAAGAAACAGACACGAGUAAGAUCGAAAGAUUCUGGCACCGGCGACGACGGCAAUGACAACAAGUUGACCCACCCAGUGAUCUCAACAAUGAAGCCACUAACCCAUGAAGCAUAUGGUGGUGGGAUGUACGGAAAAGAUGAUGAUCAAGUGCAACAACACAAGAAAAAGAAUCAUCCACCGGCUAGUGAAACACAAAGUGCUGAUGGACCAUCUGAACCAACCAAUAAGAUGGCGGAGCUUAAAAAUAAGCCACCACCAUCUUCGGGUGAUCGUGAUAUUGAUAUUACUGGCCAGUCUUAUAUUCAGUAG